UAGAAGGCGCGGUUUUGCUGCCUACGUAGUGAACUUAUUGAGGUAGUGAAGAUGCUAUUUGGGAUUGAACCAUGGCUGCUUUAGCAGGAAGUUCAGAAGCCGGUGGAGGCUGUAAGAUGCGGCCGUUUUGGGUGCUCCUUGCGACUCUGCACUUUGUGUCCUGCGUCAGCGGCGACUCGAAGGGCGUGACCACGACACUUACCACCAAAUGGGCGUCUACACCUUUGCUCCUGGAGGCCAGCGAGUUUCUUGCUGAGGAGAGCCAGGAUAAGUUCUGGGACUUCGUGGAGGCCAACCAGGAAAUUGAAAACGACCACGACGGCACAGAUCUGUCCUAUUACGAGCUGAUCCUGAAGCGAGCCAGCCAGCAAUUAAGUCCCGUCCAGUUGAAGUUGAUGAAGUUUGCGCUCUCUCUGCGCUCGUACUCGUCCACCGUCUAUUCUUUCCAACAGAUCGCGUCCAACGAACCUCCUCCACCCGGCUGCAAGGCGUUUUUUAGCAUCCACGGGGAGAAAUCGUGCAAUUUAGACCGCCUAAAUGGCCUGAUUGAGGCCGCUGCUGAGAAGCCGAAGCCUUUCCUGUUCAAAGGCGACCACAGGUUUCCCUCGGCCGACCCAGACGCCCCCAUCGUCAUCCUCUACGCCGAGCUGGGAACCAAAGAGUUUGCCAGGCUCCAUCAGCACAUGCUCGCCAAAGCCAACAAGGGCCUGAUCAACUACGUCCUGCGCCAUUAUGUCUCGAAACCGAGCGACAAGAAAGUUUUCCUGUCUGGUUACGGGGUUGAGUUGGCCAUCAAAAACCAGGAGUACAAAGCCAAAGAUGACACACAAGUUCAAGGUGCGGACGUGAACGCCACGGUAUUUGGCGAAAACGACCCCGUGGACGAAGUGCAGGGUUUCCUCUUUGGCAAACUCAAAACAAUCUACCCGGAGCUGAAGGAACAGCUGAAGGAGCUGCGUAAGCACCUGGUCGAGAGUACGAACGAGAUGGCGCCGCUCAAAGUCUGGCAGAUGCAGGAUCUCAGCUUCCAGACCGCAGCCCGUAUCCUAGCAGCCCCUCCUGUAGACGCCCUUAACGUAAUGAAGGACUUGAGCCAGAACUUUCCUACGAAAGCCAGGUCCAUAACCAAAACGGUGGUGAACUCUGCGACGCGUAAGGAGAUCGAAGAUAAUCAGAAGUACUUCAAAGGCUCGUUGGGACUCCAGCCAGGAGAUUCAGCGCUCUUCAUUAACGGGCUCCACAUUGACCUGGACGCGCAGGACAUCUUCAGCAUGUUUGACAUCCUGAGGAGCGAAGCCCGCGUCAUGGAGGGCCUCCGUAGCCUCCUCAUUGACUCGCCGUUCAUCCACGAUAUCCUCAAGCUGAACGUUCAGCCGUCUGACUCCGAUUACGCCGUGGACAUCCGCAGUCCUGCUGUCCAUUGGAUCAAUAACCUGGAGACGGACGGCAGGUACGCAUCGUGGCCUUCAACCGUGCAGGAGCUUCUGCGGCCCACUUUCCCAGGAGUCAUCAGGCAGAUCCGUAAGAAUUUCCACAACCUGGUCAUGAUCCUGGACCCCACUCACGAGAGCACGGCGGAGCUGUUGAGCGUCGCCGAGAUGUUCUACGCCAAUAACAUUCCCCUCAGGAUAGGACUGGUGUUUGUGGUGAACUCCGACGACGAUGUCGACGGCAUGCAGGACGCCGGGGUCGCGAUGUUACGGGCUUUCAACUACAUCGCCGAAGAGGUGGACAACCAGUUGGCCUUCGACGCCAUCAUGUCCAUGCUAAACCGUGUGCCCAGUGGAGGGAAGCUGAAAGUGGAGGAUGUGGUGGCCGUUCUAAAGAAACGUUAUCCCUACGUGGAAAUCGGUAGCAUUCUGGGAGCAGAUUCGGCCUACGACAACAAUCGCAAGGAAGGAAAGGCGUAUCACGAGCAGACAGGCGUGGGUCCCCUCCCCGUGGCCCUCUACAACGGAAUGCCUCUACAGCGUGAGCAGCUCGACCCCGACGAGCUCGAGACCACCAUCAUGCACAAGAUCCUGGACACCACCAGUUUUUUCCAGCGUGCCGUCUAUUUGGGCGAACUGGCAAGCGACCACGACGUCGUGGAUUUCGUCAUGAACCAGGCAAACGUGGUGCCGCGCAUCAACUCGCGCAUCUUGACCACCACCAGGAGCUACCUGGACCUCUCCAGCACCAAUAACCAUUUCAUCGACGAUUACGCCCGGUUCCUCUUCCUGGACGCUACGGAGAAGAACACGGCCGUGGCUAACAGCAUGAACUACAUGACGAAGAAAGGAAUACAUUCUACCGUUUCCUCUGACGACGGCGUGGUCCGCCCCGUGACGUUUUGGGUGGUCGGAGAUUUCGACCAGUCGACUGGCAGACAGCUGCUCUACGACGCCAUUAGACACAUGAAAACCAGCAAUAACGUGCGAUUGGGGAUGAUCAAUAACCCGACAGACAGUCCCACAAACUCGACAACGCUGAUUGCCCGGGCCAUGUGGUCAGCCAUUCAGACUCAAACUGCCAACAACGCCAAGAAUUUCAUCACCAAAAUGGUCAAAGAGGAGACGGCAGACGCGCUGUACUCCGGGGCGAACAUCGCCGACUUUGCUGUCGGGGGCAUGGACAUCCCUCUUUUCAAACAAGCUUACGAGUCUCCGAAAGUGGACUUUCUCUUGGCCCACGCCGCGUAUUGCCGCGACGUCCUGAAGCUGCGGAAAGGCCAGAGGGCCGUCAUCAGUAACGGACGGGUUAUCGGUCCGCUGGAGGAGGGGGAGGUUUUCAACCAGGAUGACUUUUUGCUUCUCGAGAGCAUCAUCCUGAAAACUUCUGGGGAACGGAUCAAGAACAAAAUCCAGCAGCUGGGCAUCGAAGAAGACCGAGCGAGCGAUUUGGUCAUGAAGGUGGACGCGCUCUUGUCAUCGCAGCCCAAAGGCGAGGCCCGGGUCGAUUAUGGCUUCACUGAUGACAAACACAGCGCUGUAAAAAUCCGCCCCAAGGAGGAGGAAGUGUACUUCGACAUUGUGGCCGUGGUGGAUCCGGUCACCAGAGAUGCUCAGAAACUGGCUCCUCUUCUCUUGGUUCUGAAACAGCUGGUCAAUGUUAACAUGCGGAUCUUCAUGAACUGCCAGUCUAAGCUCUCAGACAUGCCGCUUAAAAGUUUCUACCGCUACGUGUUGGAGCCCGAGGUGACCUUCAUGGCUGAUAACAGAUUCACUCUGGGCCCGAUAGCAAAGUUCCUAGACAUGCCUCAGUCUCCACUAUUCACCCUGAACCUGAACACCCCCGAGAGCUGGAUGGUAGAGUCCGUGCGGACGCGUCACGACCUGGACAACAUCUACCUACAGGAGGUCGACAGCAUCGUAGCCGCGGAGUACGAGCUCGAACAUCUUCUCCUGGAAGGUCACUGUUUCGACGUGAGCACCGGCCAGCCGCCUCGCGGGCUCCAGUUCACCUUGGGGACGGCCUCGGACCCCGUCAUCGUCGACACCAUCGUCAUGGCCAACCUGGGCUACUUCCAGCUCAAAGCAAACCCCGGGGCCUGGAUCCUGCGCCUGAGAAAAGGGAGAUCGGACGACAUCUACAAGAUCUACAGUCACGACGGUACAGACUCUCCGACCGAUGCCGAGGACUUGAUAGUGGUGCUGAACAAUUUCAAGAGCAAGAUCAUUAAAGUAAAGGUGCAGAAAAAACCCGAAAUGAUGAACGAGGAGCUCCUCAGCGACGGCACCAGCGAGAACGACUCCGGAUUCUGGGAGUCCCUAACCAGAGGAUUUACGGGGAACCAGAAAGUGGAGGAAAGCAAGCAGGAGAAAGACGACGUCAUCAAUAUUUUCUCGGUGGCCUCGGGACACUUGUACGAGAGAUUCCUGAGAAUAAUGAUGCUGUCUGUCCUGAAACACACCAAGACGCCGGUGAAGUUCUGGUUCCUGAAGAACUAUCUGUCUCCGACCUUUAAGGAAUUUAUCCCCUUCAUGGCUCAGGAGUACGGUUUUCAGUACGAGUUAGUGCAGUACAAGUGGCCUCGCUGGCUCCAUCAGCAAACCGAGAAACAGCGGAUCAUCUGGGGAUACAAGAUCCUCUUCCUGGACGUGCUCUUCCCGCUCGCUGUGGAUAAAUUCCUCUUCGUGGAUGCUGACCAGAUUGUGCGCACAGAUCUAAAAGAGCUACGCGACCUGGACCUCGAGGGAGCGCCAUACGGUUACACGCCUUUCUGCGAGAGCCGCCGGGAGAUGGACGGCUACCGCUUCUGGAAGUCAGGCUACUGGGCUAGCCACCUGGGCCCCCGCAAGUACCAUAUCAGUGCACUGUACGUUGUGGACCUGAAGAAGUUCCGAAAGAUCGCCGCAGGAGACCGACUGCGAGGACAGUAUCAAGGACUGAGCCAGGAUCCUAACAGUCUGUCCAACCUUGAUCAGGAUCUGCCGAACAACAUGAUCCACCAAGUGCCAAUCAAGUCUCUGCCUCAGGAGUGGCUGUGGUGCGAGACGUGGUGCGACGACGCCUCCAAAACCAAGGCUAAAACCAUUGACCUGUGCAACAACCCGCAGACUAAAGAGCCGAAGCUCCAGGCAGCUGUCCGGAUCGUCGCCGAAUGGACCGAUUACGAUCAGGAGAUCAAGAGAAUUUAUAACAAGUUCCUUGAAGGACGAGAGAAGAGCGCUCACUCAGGGGAAAAGCACAAACCAGGGACACAAACAGAUGGACAGAUGCACACGGAGCUCUAGACGGACUGCUUUCUCCGUACAGGGAUGAACGACUCUGUUUAAAGAGUUGUCUCCCCCUUUCUUUUUUUUUUUUUUUUUAUUUGUCAGUUUUUCCUUAAAAAAAAAAAAGCCUAUUCUCCUGGAGCGGGGUCCACGUCGGCGCUGUGAAAACUUGAAGGGAAACUUCUAUCGUCCGUGUGUGCAUGGGGACUCUGGCGGGACUUGCGAGGACAUCGGCAAAUCGUGUCCCGUGGAAUCAUUUACACAAAGUCGCAUACGCGGUUUUAAACGGAAAAAAUUUAGCAUUGCCUUUUCCCGCGAAUCCGACCAGAUGAACCUGCCAAAGUGUGUGUCCGAGAGAGUGUGUGUGUGUGUGUGUGUGUGCGCAUUCUGACUGCAGUAAUUGUCACAUCGAUGGUCUAAAGAUGAUUCAUCUGAUCGGCCCAAGUGAAAAUCAUGACUCAAUGAAUCUAAUUUCUUUAAUCGUGUGCUGGAGAGAGCGAUAAAUGAGUGAGAGGUGAAGUGUGUGUGUGUGUGUGUGUGUGUGUGUGUGUGUGUGUGUUUUUUCGUUGUUUAAUAGGAAAUUAGCUAAAUUAUACCACUAUUAAAUCUAUAUGUAUACAUCUUCAGCUCAUCAGUGGAUGUUUUUACACGAUUACCAAUGCCCACGUGGACACGGGGGGAGGUUUUGGGAGGUGGUAGCUCAGCGGUUAAGGCGUUGGACUUUGACGCAGAAGGUCAUGAGGUCGAAUCCCAGCACCACCAAUCUACCACUGCUGGGCAAAUCCCUUUACCCUCGACUGCACAGCUAUAAAUCGCUCUGGAUGAGGGGCCCCCAUCUGAUCAGAUUUGAGAAGUCCCUCAACUUGUUUUUUCUCUGCCAUCGGUUAAUUUUUUUUUCCCCCCAUCUGCAUCUACUGUAUGGUUUUUAAGCAAUCCGGGGACGCAGAAGCCGUUCUCUAGAAUGUGUUUUUGGGAUAAUGUAGGUUUAAUUGUGGGGAUGCUGGUUCUUUUUUUAAUAAAAGAGAUAAAUUCAA